AUGUCUCGAUAUAUUGAAAAUGCACUUGAUAAACGCUACGAGGUCUGGAAAAACAAAGAUUACUCAGAAGAGCCAGAAUCUAUGAUGGAUCUUGCUAUUGCAGACUUUAUGCGGGACAGACCGACGAGCCGCAAUUUGGAUCCUGAGUUCAAAAAAUGGGCAACCAUACAGAUUCGAACUUUUUUCUUCGCCGGACAUGAUUCAACUGCUGCAACAAUUGUAUAUUGCCUGUACCUGUUGUCCAAAGGACCGGGGAUCUUGGCCCAAGUUCGUGCUGAGCACGAUCAGACUUUCGGUGCCGAUAUCACAACCACGGCGCAACAAUUGAAGGAUCGACCAGAAUUAAUAAAUCAACUUCCUUUGACUACUGCAGUAAUAAAGGAAGUACUGCGCCUCUACCCGCCUGCCUCUGCGUUGCGUGGUGGUAUGCCAGGUGUUUACUUGGAAGACAAGAAUGGCCAUAAGUUCCCGACAGAGGGCUUACUUGUUUGGAUUGUGCAUGGAUCGAUCCAACGCAACCCGAAUUAUUGGCCGGAACCUCAUUCAUUCAUUCCAGAUCGAUGGUUAGUUGCUCAGGGCCAUCACCUUUAUCCCCCGAAAUAUGCUUUCCGCCCAUUUGAAGCAGGGCCGCGAGACUGUGUUGGACAGUCGCUAGCAAUGGUCGAUAUCAAAGUUGCCUUGGCUCUUACAAUCCGCGAGUUCGACUUUCAUGAUCAGUACGCGGAGUGGGAUCGACAGCAUCCUAAUAGAAGUGGACCCAAAACGGUUUUUGGGGAGCGUGCGUACCAGGUUCCCCAAGGGGCUGCACAUGCUGUUCAUGGAAUGCCGUGUCGAGUUGUUCAGCGACCACAGACUGGCCAUUUAUAA